AAUACUUUAAUCAACGCUAAAUAAACGAGUGUGCCAACGGGAUAUUUCAAAGUAGAUUUAGUACAUUUAGUUUUAGUAGUUACCAGUGGUUGCAAGCGUGAACAUCUGCGCUUCUGAUUCGCAAGUUGUGCGCCUAAUCAAAUAUUCAAGUUCCUGAAGUGAAGCAAAAUCGAAUACGGCAGAGCGGUUAGCCGACGACGAAUACCUACUACGUACAAAAUUACAUCUAUCUCUAGCAAUCAUAUGUGACCGACACAAUUUGCGCCUAAAUUAAUGAAUAUGGAAAGUAAAAAAGCAAAUCUCUUCAGCGAUGAAGGUGACCGCGAACAAGACGAGAAAGUGUUGAUGCCAUACAACUACAUCCUGCAAGUGCCUGGUAAAAAUAUCCGCUCCAAGUUAUCACUUGCAUUCAACCAUUGGCUCAAUGUACCAGAAGAUAAACUACAGCAAAUAGAUGAUAUUAUCCAGACAUUGCACAAUGCCAGCUUACUGCUUGAUGACAUUGAGGACAAUUCAGUAUUACGUAGAGGUAUUCCAGUUGCACAUUCCAUCUAUGGCAUUGCUAGCACAAUCAAUGCAGCCAAUUAUGCUAUUAUUAUUGGUCUAGAAAAAUGUUUAGCAUUAAAUCAUCCUGAUGCUGUAAAAGUAUUCACAGAGCAAUUGUUGGAAUUACACAGAGGGCAAGGAAUGGAAAUUUACUGGAGGGAUAAUUAUGCUUGUCCAACUGAAGAAGAAUAUAGUGAAAUGACCAAAAAAAAAACUGGAGGAUUAUUCAUGAUGGCAAUUCGAUUGAUGCAACUUUUUAGUGACAAUAAGGAAGAUUUUACAAAACUAGCUGGUAUAUUAGGACUAUACUUUCAGAUUCAAGAUGAUUACAUCAACUUGCAUUCUGAAGCAUACAUGGCAAAUAAGAGUUUCUGUGAGGAUUUAACAGAAGGUAAAUUUAGCUUUCCGCUGAUUCAUGCCAUAAACAGCGCGGACGGUGAAAGUUUAGUAAUGCAUAUUUUAAGACAAAGAACGCGUGAUAAUGAAGUGAAAAAGUACUGCGUUUCGUUGCUGGAGAACUGUGGGAGUUUUGAAUAUACGAGGAAAAAACUAGCGCUCUUGGACCAAGAAGCCAAACUGGAGAUCGCCCACCUCGGCUCCAAUCAAUACCUCGAAGAGUUCCUCAACACUGUGCUCAAAGCACAUUCAAUGCCACAGCCUUAAAAGAUUUUAUUUCGAUUAAGUGCAAAUACAACACACAUCAAUGUUGUCAAUCGUUCGUCGUAGACGAAAAUGCAUCCAUUGAACAUUUUUUCUUGCUUUCAGUUGAGUUUAAGGUUCGGUCAAAGGUGAAAAUAAUGCCGGUGAUGCUUUGUUAUUGUAUUAUUUUGUGAAGCACAUGCAUGAUAUUUAUAACAAAGUAAUGUUUGUAAUUAUGUGUCUAGUCUUGUUGCAAAUAAUGGAUUUCUUAUUAAAAAAAUCACCAAAUUA